UGGACCCUGCAGAACGUGUUGGCUGGUGGAACUAAUGCGCGGCGUCUUCAGAUUCCGCCGGACUUUUUCUAAAAGUCGGACCGCGCCGCUUAAAAAAACAUUCCCCGAUUUUGUUAUUUUGUCGCUUUGCUUGUGACAGUCCAUGACGCGUGGUUAUAAUGAGCUGGUUAUAAUUAUCCAAACUAAGCCGUAAAGCUCUAAGCUAAGCUCUGUGUGUGUCGCUAUGACUAUAAGCAGGCUGUGUUUUUGGAGAAGCGCGGUGAGGGUCAGGACACCGGCUGUGUUUUCGAGAGGACAGAGCACAUACACACAGGGUCAGAGUCCUGAGCCGCGUAUUCGUGAAUACUUCUACUACCUUGAUCAUCAAGGACAGCUCUUCCUGGAUGAUACCAAGGUGAAGAACUUUGUCACUUGUUUUAAAGAUCAGCAAUUUCUGGUUUUCUUUUUCAAGCAUUUGAAAGUCAAUCGAAGUGGCCGCUACCAGCAGCACUUCCCCUUCCUUUCACUGUGUGGACGUGAGAGGAACUUCCUACGUUGUGAUGAUCAGCCAGUUGUAUUUACUCAUUUGUUGUCUGAGACGCCGCAUCUGUCGUAUUGCGGAGGUGGGACUAAACUGACCUUUCCUUUCCAACCUCAUUCCUUGUUCAUGCAUCCAGACAGUGGUAGAGUGUACCAUCCUGCUCCUGAGCUGGUAGGGGGUGUUGGAUUGGUACGUUCUGCCCUGGCCAUUGAGUUCAGCCCUCACUUUCACUACUCUUCAGGUCAAGACAGUUCUGCUCAACCUACUCAUUUCCUGUGGGCUGGGCAGCGUUACACACUGACUAAUGAGCUUUUAAGGCAUUUUGCAGUGAAAUAGAAAGCAUUAUUUCAACAUUUUGUGAUAACUCACAAUACUUAUUACAAGAUACGCUCAAGGAACCAUCAUAUCAUCAUUUUUGCCAGAAGGGUUACUGUAAAUAAAACCCUUUAGACAUGUGUGUAUAUAGGUAUUAAAAGCUUUUGAUCAUAGGCUUUUCAGUACAGUCAUUCAUACAAUGUACAGUGGAAGAAACACUUUUAAUUUCUCAGGAUUUAUUUGCAUCAAAGAAUGUUACAGGACAGAGUAUUAUUUUAUUUUGUGUAGAAAAGCAAACUAAACUGCAUUAGUUGAAGAAACCCCAUGAACAAGGUAUUGUAAACAUAAGCUACUUGAUUACACUUUCAGUAACAGAUUUAAGAUGAAUUCAGACAUUUAAUUAAAAUAUAGGCCUAUACAAAAUAAACAUAUAAAAGCACACUGAAUAUUCCUUAAUUAUAUGUACACUAUCUGGCCAAAAGGUUGUGAACACAUGACCAUAACACUCAUAUGUGCUUGUUGAGCAUCCCAUUCCAGGGACCCUUUACUGUUAUAAUAAGCUCCACUCUUCUGGGAAGCUUUCCACUAGAUGUUGGAGCGUGGCUGUGGGGAUUUGUGUUCAUUCAGCUACAAGAGCAUUAGUGAGAUCAGGCGCUGAUGUGGGUGAGGAGGUCUGGGGUUCAGUUGGUGUUCCAGUUCAUCCCAGAGGUGUUCAGUGGGGUUGAGGUCAGGGCUCUGUGCAGGACACUCGAGUUCUUCCACUCCAGCCUUCACACACCAUGUCUUCAUGGAGCUCGCUUUGUGCACAGGGGCAUCGUCAUGCUGGAACAGGUUUGGGCCUCUUCAGUUGCAGUGAAGGGAAACUGUAAUUCUACAGCAUACAAAGACAUUCUAUACAACUGUGUGCUUCCAACUUUGUGGCUACAGUUUGGGGAAGAAUCUUGUGUGUGUGUUUGUGUGAUAGUCAGGUGUCCACAUACUUUUGGCCUUAUAGUGUAUAUUAUAUGUGACCAAAAGUAUUGCUGAAAGAUGCAUCCUAUUUCUCUUCUUCGACACUGAUUAAGCCUGAAUCCUGUUUCUCUCAUUCAUUCUCCUUCACGCUCCCUAUAAAUGGUCCCCGUAUAGUGCACUACUAACAGUUAUUCAUGACUUAAUUACUGUAUAUAACAUCUUUUUGUUUUGCGUAAGUUUCUUUCAGCCACUCUGUGACAGCACACUAUAAUUUAUAAAGCAAAAGCUUGUUCUUCACUGCCCUCAGACGCUUAACCUUAAAAUACACACUAAUCCAGAGUUUGCUAUUCAGAAAGUGACUGUCAUGUGAUCAGCGGCUAUCUGGAAGUAAUUUUUGUGAAUAACUGAAUACAAAAUUUAUUACAAAUUAUGCUUAAAAAAUACAUAUUUUUUUAAAUUAUUAAUAAAAAAUAAAAUAAAGUCUCAGUCUAACAAUGAAAUAAUAAUUUAAUCAACUACAUAAUGUUACACAAUUUAUUAUUCACUGUCACUAUUUAUUUAUUUAUUUACUGACUUGUCAGUUUUCCUAUUUAAUGUAACAGCUGACAGCCAGGGGUGGUGUCAAACACCUGGAUAUCCUCUAACGCUGAGAUCUCCAACAAAGACACGAAGUCUGUCCAUCCCCCAUCUCAAGAGAAGGCACUCACUUAAAACCUGCUAUUUUACGCCCCCUGGCUAUAUACUGGCUACACCAUUCACUCUAGGCGUACAGACACCGCCAGCUCACACCCUUUAGAGCACUCCUGAUCACUCAGGAUCCAAACUGUCCAACCACACACACCCCCAACCUGUCCCAGAAAUACCCCCCCUACCCAGGUAACUUCACUAGAGAGCACAAGGAUGGACCUAAUGGGCACUUGGUGAGUAGAUUCUUGAAAAGAAGUAGCUUUAAGGUCUCGGCGUGUCCUGCGCCCGCGCACCAGAGGAUAUCUGAGUAUUCGACACGUCCCCGGCGAUCAUCUGGUGUUCUAAUUCUUGUUAAUGGGUGGAAGCUGUAAAGCGCCUGAGGAACUCCGACAUGCAGCUGGGCCUUGUCCUUUAUCCAUGAUAUCUGUCUUUAGCCUCUGGAUUUCUGUGCGCUGUGGAUUGAUCAUGCGUACAGAGUCUUGUAGAGAUUCCUUCAGUGACUCCUCCGAGGAUACCGCUGCUGAAAUUAUGUAUGCUUUUUGAGUGUUUUAAACUGGGUGAAGAAAUUUUAGCCAUGUCCAAGUCCAGAAUGCUGUACCUCACUGUACAGGAUUUCAGAGAUGACUGUAACCCAUUGUGCAUGAAGUUCUAAUAAAAUUGAAAUUUAAAAAAUUAAAAUACUGUCCUCUUCUGAGGCGUUUUAACUGUUUGUAUAUUUUAAUACAACUCCACAUGCUGAAUGAUUAAAGGCAUUUCCCCCAAAGCUAUUCCCCACAAUGAUAAAA